UCGGUUACGGUCCGUAGUAAGAAUUUUCUGCCUCCCCGGCUGGCGGUCGAAAAGGUUUGAUUUUCGCGUAAUCUUAGCGAGACAGGCUACGAAAUCACUGAAUCUUGUAGAAAUUCGCAAAGCUGUUGUGUGAUCACAUCUCUCUUUGACACCAACCGCGACAACUUCGAGUGAUUUCAGGUUAAUUUUCUAACAAAGAGAUGCAGCCAAUAAAAGAAAGGCAAAUAAAGCCUUAUCAGUGCAAACAUUGUCCGAAGUCUUUCAAGAGUUCUAACGGUUUGAAGUAUCAUUUGGAAAAGGUACACUUUGACGAAGAGAACAAGAUGGAAGAAGGGAAAAGCUUCUUUUCAAUGGAAGAAAUGCCUGCAAAGCCUCGCACCAUUCCCCCGGCCCUAAAUCUGCGCGCAGAGGAAGUAACUUUGCUGACGGAGUUUGCCCUGAUUGCUACCAGUCCACAAAGUCCUCUGGUGAGAGAAGUAAGCGGGGAGAACUCUUAUGUCAAGCGCCGUGAAGAUGACAGUCCACCACCUCAGCUUAUGGAUCUUCAGUCCACUGGUAAUUGGCGAUGUGUUUCAAAAACCACUUCAGAAAAUCUAUCACAAACAGAAUUGCUAAGCACUACACCAGCUGCCAAGCGGCAAUAUUUUAUGGCGGGAACCAAAUUGAGUUUCCCGGAUGAAGAUGGCUGGACAUGGCGAACGGUCGACGAUCUCGAUAUGGAUGAAAUAUCCGCUGACAUGUUUCAAGAUGGACUUCGAGUCAUGGACUACCAGAGGAUUGAAGCGAAAUUUGAUAACAAUACUACGGAUGAAUUCAUCGUAACUUUCAAAUCAUGCAGUAAUGAAGAAACAAGUUUUCAAGCAGAAAUCACCGCUGAUCAUCCGUUCUUCGUCAAGGGUGCAGACACAGCAGGUUGGGCGUCGUUUGACCCAGCAGCGACCGAAUCGCAUUAUGGGAUAAGUUGCCAGCCAUUGCGACGUAAUGUCUGUGUAUUGCCAUAUGACUCAGAAGUUGUGGGAUUGACUUUGAACGGAAAGCAAUUGGAUGGAAAGGAGAAAACGUCAGAAUUUACUGCCAUGGAUUCCACAGCCGCUCUUACACUCAGUAGUAUGGCCAAGGAUAAAGAGGAACACAGUCACCGAAGAACCAAACUUUUCUCAGGGUCCCACAGUCCACCCAGCCCGGUUAAAAGAAACAAUACGCAUCAGUUUAACAAAAGACCAAUGAACGCCUUCAUGUUAUUUGCUAAACGCUUUCGAUUGGAAAUAACUCAGGCUCAUCCAGGCAAAGACAAUAGGGCAAUAAGUGUGAUUCUUGGUGACAAAUGGAAGGCCAUGAAGCAAGAGGAUAGGAAAGAGUAUGUGCUCCAAGCAAAACUGUUAGCGGAUGAACACAAACGAGUGAAUCCAGACUGUUGGAAGAGAAAGAGAACCUCUGAGGGUUCCUCCAAGAUAAGCUACAGAAGACCAUGAAAGUGUGCUGCAGUAGUAGAUACCCAGAUACCUAAUAUAUUUUUUUUCUGCAAUAUAUCAGAUAUAUUUUGAACCAAGUCAAAAGUAUUUUUUCAUUGACGGAAAACAAGGCAUUAGUUAUACUAUGUAUAACGUAUUUAUAAGGCUUCUUUGUAAAUAAUUUAACAUAGUUUUGAAAUGCUUUUAUUGGGUACUGAUUUUAUAGAAUAGUAUUGAGAGUUUGGUAAGUUAUUUUGUCCUAUACACCUGGUUGUGAUUAAAUCAGCUUGGAAAACGAA